AUGGAGGCUCUGCUAGCCCCACAUCCGGACCCACACCGAGGCCUCAGCAGCCAAAUCAGAACCCGUACUGUCAUAGGUACAGGUUGUGAGGUGCUCAAAUUGAGGGGACAAGGUUUUCAAAAAUGA